CCCUGCACAAAUUUUUGAAAUAAUAAUUAAAUUACUUUCUUAUCGAAAACGAUGCAACCAAGACAAACUUUCUCUCUCUCUCUAACCCAUUUGUGCAAAAUCUAAUUUUCUUCCUCAGAUUUGUCUGAACGAAACUCGCUUUAUCAGGUUUCUCCUUCAAUAAGCAUUUUUGGAUUCGUCCGCCCCCUUCCCCAUUAAGUGAUUCGCCAACUACCUUCAAUAAGCGUGCUGAAAACUACUGCUCACUCUGUUUCUUCUUGGAGGCAAAUUUUUUAUUUUUUUUUUUAAACUCAAAGCUUAUCUUUUUUUUUUUUCUUCACAUGGGUUCUUUAGUUCCUUUAGUUUCGUAACCAUUUUGAGAGUUUUCCGGGUAAAAAGUUUCGAUUUUUAUAUCGAAGAAAAUAUGUCUCCUUCGAUUCUGGAGAAGAUGGGAUGCUCAAACUCAAAAGAAGCAUCGACGAAGAAGAAGAAGAACGAGCCGCUUCUCUUAUGUAAAGAGAGGAAGAGAUUCGUCAAACAAGCCAUUGAUUCCAGAUGCGCUCUCGCCGCCGCACACGUGUCCUACGUCCGUUCCCUCCGUAACAUAGGAGCUUGUCUCCGUCAGUACGCCGAGGCUGAGACUGUAGCUGCUGUGGCUUCAUCCCCUUCUCACAACUCCUCUUCUUACCCUGACGACGACGACGACGGCGACUCGGUUGACUCGCCGUUGAGUCACAACACUAAGCCUAAACCUGUUUUGAGUCUAAGCUACACGAAGUCGGCUAACUCUACAGUGACUUACACGAUGAACCCUCUCGACAUGUCGGAGUUAUCUCCUCCUCCGCCGCCGCCGCCGCUGCGUCCUCGCCGGCCAGAGACGUCUUCUUGGGACUACUUCGACACUUGCGACGAGUUCGAUAGCUUUAGACUGACUGAUAACGCAUCACUUAUAGGAUUAGAGAAGCAGAGUAAACAGAGUAAUGCAGAGGAUUUCAAAACAGAGCAGAGGAAACAGAGCUCUGAAGAUGAAGGUGAAAGAGAGGAUCCAUCAGAGUUUAUUACACACAGAGCUAAAGACUUUGUGUCUAGCAUGAAAGAUAUAGAGCACAAGUUCUUCAGAGCUUCUGAGUCUGGUAAAGAGGUUUCGAGGAUGCUUGAAGCUAACAAAAUCAGAGUCGGAUUCGCUGAUACCACCACAGGAAAAGGAAACUCAGUAGCGUUUCUCUCAGCUUUGAAGCGAGCUUGUUGUAGAGGGAAGAAGAGUCACUCACCUGUUUUUAAAGAGCCAUUGCACCAACAAGUCACUAAAGUUAUAGUGUGGAAGAGAACAUCGUCUUCAAGAUCCUCCACUUCUAGAAAUCCGUUGAUAGAAGAAGAUCAUGAUGACAAUGAAAGUGGAAGUGACUUCACACAAGAGUUCUGUAUGAUCUCGGGAAGUCACUCUUCUUCACUUGAUCGGUUAUACGCUUGGGAGAGAAAACUAUACGAUGAAGUCAAGGCGAGUGAGAUGAUUAGGAAAGAGUAUGAUAAAAAAUGCGAGCAGUUAAGGAACCAGUUCACAAAGGAUCACAGUGCUAAAGCCAUGGAUAAGACAAGAGCAGCUGCAAAAGAUCUUCAUUCUAGAAUCAGAGUCGCUAUACAGUCCGUUGAUUCGAUUUCUAAGCGUAUUGAGAGGAUCAGAGAUGAAGAGCUUCAGCCUCAGCUCUUAGAGUUUCUCCAAGGGUUGAUAAGAAUGUGGAAAGCAAUGCUGGAGUGUCACCACUCGCAGUACAUUACCAUCUCACUGGCUUACCAUUGUCGGAACACGUCCAAAACUGGGCCUGAAAACGCUCUCAAGAGACGGAUUUGGUCAGAGCUUCUAGAGGAAACAGAGUGUUUUGGUCUAAGCUUUGCAGAUUUGGUCAACAGUAUGACUUCCUACGUUGAAGCUCUCAAUGGUUGGCUACACAACUGUGUUUUGCUCCCUCAAGAGCGUUCUACAAGAAACCGAAGACCGUGGUCCCCACGCCGUGUCCUGGCCCCGCCGAUAUUCGUCUUAUGCCGGGAUUGGUCGGCUGGGAUGAAGUCUCUGCCGUCAGAUGAACUCAGUAGGUCUAUCAAAGAGUUCUCAACGGAUAUGGAAAUGUUGGGCGAGGAGAAGGAGGAUUCGGUGCUGGUUUCUGAAGAUUUGUCGAGCGUGCAUUCGAGUUUGGCGAAGCUUCUAGAGAGAUUGAAGAAGUUUUCAGAAGCUUCUUUGAAAAUGUAUGAAGAUGUGAAGGUGAAAAGUGAAGAAGCUGUAGUUGCUUACACUAAUCAUUCUAAUUGUGGUAGACCAUUAUUGUAACUAUGGCUGGCAAAACUAAGUCAUUUUUUAUCUAGUAGACGUGCUAGGUUAUCUGAA